CGAGAACUUCCUUGUUUGUUUUGAGCGUACACCGGACUGGGGGAGCUUUUGAUCGAGGCUGGGUGCAUGGAUGAGUCCUCUGCCUGCUGUGGAAGAGUGCGCACCUGUCCCAUCUCUGCAAUGGCUGCAAUGUCAGUGAUUGGGAAGCCCCAGAGGAAGGGAUGCAGCCUGAUUCUGAGGGUUUCUGUUACCGCUGCUGUGAUUAUUGUGUUCGGUGUCUGUGAAGCAGCUGUGACUGCCCUGAGCCCUGGAGCUACUCCAGAAGCAGAGAGUAACUGCUGGGAUAAGCACAAAUGCAGAGAAGCAGAGGUACAAGAGAAACCUGUGGAGCAGCCUGAAUCCCUCAGAGGCUCCACCUUGCAGCCUACGCCGUGUGACAUCCCUCCAGACAGCCGCUUUGACUGUGGCCCAGAAAAACUGCUCUCUCAAGAGGAAUGUCACGCUCGGGGCUGCUGUUAUGCCCCAGUCUUUUCCAAGGGCCCUGCCGUUUGGCAGCCGUGGUGCUUCUUCCCUCCCACCUAUCCUAGUUACAAGAUGGCGAACCUGACGACUACCAAAACGGGUUACACUGCCCACUUGACCCGUGAUGGGCCCUCUUUCAUCCCAGACGACAUAAUGAAUGUGCAACUGGAUGUGAUCUUCGAGACAGAGGGUAGGCUUCAUUUCACGCUUAAGGAUCCAGCUCAAAAGCGUUAUGAGGUUCCUUUAGAAACCCCCAAAAUGUGCAACCAGGCAUCCUCAACGCUCUACUCUGUCCAGUUCUCUGCUGAUCCUUUUGGCCUCGUUAUUCUUCGGAAAUCCAGUGGGCAGGUUCUGUUCAACAGCACAGUGGCUCCGCUGUUCUACGCAGACCAGUUCUUGCAGAUCUCCACUUCCCUGCCAUCACGUUUCAUCUCUGGACUGGGCGAGCACUUGACCUCGCUCACCCUUGAUGUCAACUGGACCAUGUUUACCAUGUGGAAUCGGGACAUAUCGCCGGAGCCCCUUGCCAAUUUGUAUGGCUCACACCCCUUCUAUCUGGCAUUGGAAGAAGGUGGCUUGGCCCAUGGAGUCUUUUUGCUGAACAGCAAUGCGAUGGAUGUGAUACUUCAGCCCAGUCCAGCCCUAACAUGGAGAACAACUGGAGGCAUCUUGGACUUCUAUAUCUUCCUGGGCCCAGACCCAAAGAGUGUGGUGCGCCAGUAUCUGGAUGUCAUUGGGUAUCCAUUCAUGCCCCCGUAUUGGGCCCUGGGAUUCCACCUCUGUCGCUGGGGAUACACUUCCACUGCUGUCACCCGGGAAGUGGUGAAGAACAUGACAGCCGCAGAGUUCCCCCUGGAUGUGCAGUGGAAUGACCUGGAUUACGCAGAUGCUAAGAGAGACUAUACCUUCAACAAGAAUGGAUUCUGGGAUAUGCCCGAUAUGGUGAACGAUUUCCAUCAUGAUGGUCGGAGGUAUGUCAUGAUUGUGGAUCCAGGUAUCAGCAGUUCCGGCCCCUCUGGCAGUUACAAACCUUAUGAUGAAGGCCUGAAGCGAGGGGUCUUCAUUUUAAAUGCAACAGGACAGCCUCUGAUUGGGAAGUUUAUCUUCCAGGUUUGGCCUGGCCCCACUGCCUUCCCCGACUUCACUAACCCAGAAACUCAGCAGUGGUGGCAUGACAUGGUCAAAGAUUUCCACGAUCAAGUGCCCUUCGACGGCAUGUGGAUUGACAUGAAUGAACCAUCGAAUUUUGUGGAGGGUUCCCUGGAAGACUGUCCCAACAACAAGCUUGAGAAUCCUCCUUACCUCCCAGGUGUGCUCGGUGAAUCUUUGAAGUCACGAACUCUCUGUGCCUCCAGUAAGCAGUAUUUGUCCUCCCACUACAACCUGCACAAUCUGUAUGGGCUGACUGAAGCCAUCGCAUCCCAUGAUGCUUUGGUGAAAGUCCGAGGGAAGCGCCCAUUCGUGAUCUCACGUUCCACCUUUGCCAGCCACGGCCGCUAUGCUGGUCACUGGACUGGGGAUGUCAUGAGCAGCUGGGAGCAUUUAUACUACACCAUACCAGCGGUGCUCCUCUUUAACCUCUAUGGAGUGCCAUUGGUUGGUGCUGACGUCUGUGGCUUUGUGGGCGACACGUCGGAGGAGCUGUGCGUGCGCUGGACCCAGCUGGGCGCCUUCUAUCCCUUCAUGCGGAACCACAAUGACCGGGGAAACAGGCCCCAGGAGCCAUACACCUUCAGCCAAGAGGCUCAGCGGGCCAUGAGAAAAGCACUCUUGCUGCGCUACUCACUGCUGCCGUACCUCUACACCCUCUUCCACAAGGCCCACUCUGCAGGGGAGACGGUUGCCCGGCCUCUUUAUUUGGAGUUCCCAGAAGACCCCAAUACAUGGACCAUUGACCAGCAGCUCAUGUGGGGAUCGGGGCUUCUCAUCACUCCUGUGUUAGAGGCAGGGAAGACUCAUGUCAGUGGCUACUUCCCUUCUGGCACAUGGUACAACCCUGUGGCUGGAUCCAUCAUACACAGCAAGGGCCAGUGGAUUCUCUUAUCGGCUCCCCUUGACACGAUCAAUGUCCAUGUACGUGCAGGUCACAUCCUACCUUUACAGGAACCCGCUUUCACAACUACAGCGUCCCGCAAAAACGGGAUGACCCUUGUGGUGGCUUUGACACCGGACGGAGUAGCCAGAGGUGACCUGUUCUGGGAUGAUGGUGAAAGUCUGCUGACCUUUGAGAGGAACGAUUACACCCAGAUCCUCUUUCUGGCAAGAAACGGUGUGCUGGUUAAUGAGAUUGUGCAACUCAACAGCCAGGUAGAUGGGCUGCUGCUGAAAGAGGUGGUGGCUUUAGGGGUCCCCAGCCCUCCUCACCUUGUCCUGGCAAAUGGUGUUGCCAUCUCAGACUUUUCCUACCGCACGGAUACCAAGAUCCUUAAGAUUCCACUCUCUCUACUGAUGGGGGAGCAGUUUGUCAUCACCUGGUCCUGAGCAAAGCAGGAAAGCUCAUCGGUUUCGCUACACUGCAAGGAGGAAUGAAAACCUGGCAGCAGAGGCACAUUACGUUGUCUGUGCACAACACUAAAAUGUUUUGGUGAUUCAUCAGAAAAUGUUGUUUGAGGAACAGAACUGCUUCCUGUUCCUUAUGACAUUGUAGAAGGAUUGCUAGUGUCGUCAGGAUCUUCUUCAUUUAAGCCAGAUGUUUUACAGUUUUUAUUUCGGUUGGAUGCUGCCGAAUAUCAUGAUGAAAUUUUCUGAUGGCUAGCAUGAUUGCCAUAUCCAUGUAUAUUUUCUUCUGAAAGAAUUGUCAUGACAAGGAAGAUCGGCUGCUCCUUUGUUGUGAUUCGGCCUCCCUUAAUGGUGCUACAGGAUGUAGGGGUAAUCCUACACAAGCAGGUGCAGAAGCAGACAGAAGCCAUGUGGACACCUACUGUAUUACCAACCAGCCUCAACUCCCUUUGAGUCGAUUGUUCCAUUGGUUAGAACAAUCCAGAACGAAACUCCAAACAUACUGAAGGGAGUAAAAAGGAAACAGGGCAGAAUCUCUUCAAGGCAAUCACAUUGUGCAUUCCAAGACAUAUUUUUCGUUUUUCAUAUAAUCUGCGUAGCAUCAUGGGGGCCCAGCCAAAAAUGUGGUGUUGAUACAGGUAGCAGGGCUGGAGUUUCUGCAUGCGGGGGAGGCAUAUCAGUGCCAGGCAUUAUUGCCCCAGAAUAGAGCUGCUUUUGUGUGACUACACUGAGCGAGAAGGAUGUUGAAGUAUGUUACCUGCUGAAAGAGCAGUUCUUAUCAAGACCAAAAAAACCAAACAAACCCAACCCUUCUACUUAUUGGGAUACAUCCAAGGUGAAAAGAGGCAACUGAAGUGGGAACUCAGGCAAGGCAGGGAGGUUCUUUGCCUUUGAAGCCUGCAGUGCAUUUUCGGUGUCAAAAUGAGUUGUGUAUGUUGUGUUUCCAAUAAAUACUUUUCUUUUCUUAAA